GGUUCAGCUCCGACACCUUUCGAGGGGCCACUGUCACCUUAGAAGAGACCGUUUCAAUACCAUUCGGAGGCCAAAAUCACUACAAGCACCAUUCGACUGUCACAGCCAUUGGAAGCAUCAUUCUGAGGUGGAAGUUUAUCUUUAACACCAUCCUCAAGACUGAAGGUUACUUUCGUCAUUUAUUCAAAUGUGAUAGUCAUUCCAAACACAAUUCGGAGACCAAAACCACUUUCAACGCUAUUCUCAAAGGCCACAGAUACUUGCAGGUGAAAGUCACUUUGAACACCAGUCAGAAGUGAAAGUCGGAAUUUCAACACCCUUAAGAUGUGAAAGUGAUAUUCAGGAGUAGUCGGAAUUCACAAUUUUUAAACCAUUCAGAUGUGAAUGUGACAAUCAACACCAUUCGGAAUUCAUAAUUUCAACACCAUUCGGAAUUCACAAUUUCAACACGAUUCGAAAUUCACAAUUUCAGCACCAUUCGAAAUUCACAAUUUCAACACCAUUCGUAAUUCAAAAUUUCAACACCAUUCGAGGUGAAAGUCAUAUUCAACUCCACUGGGAAUUCACAGUUUGAACAACAUUCAGUGUACCACAGUGAAUUUUAAAAAUAUUCAGACAGCCACAGACACUUUCAACAGCGUUCAAAUGCCUAGGGUCAAUUUCAACAUUAUUCGGUUACCACAGUGAUUUCACACACCAUUUUCCUGUAUGAACUUAAUUAUUUCGAUAUAUCACCUAUGUUGUUUACACAAAUUGUCUCCCAGACCAUGGACAUCUUUCAUAUAAGUAACCAGUACGAUAUCAGCAAUUUGUAAUUCAAGUUUGUCAAACUGGAAAAUACAAUUUUCUAAAGUGUUGUGUAUUUUGUUUCCCAUAUGUGCGUGUAUUGAUUUCGUUAAAAAAUAUAUUCAACAGCAACAGUAACUUCCUUAAGAUAUUAAAAGAUGCUGCCAGAUGUAUAUUAAUUUUGUUGCUUUACAAUUCAGCUCGGAGUAACCAGUACGAUAUCAGCAAUUUGUAAUUCAAGUUUGUCAAAUUGGAAAAUACAAUUUUCUAAAGUGUUGUGUAUUUUGUUUCCCGUAUGUGCGUGUAUUGAUUUCGUUCAAAAGAUAUUCAACAGCAACAGUAACUUCCUAAAGAUAUUACUCUAAAUCUACUAAAUCAGCAAGAUUCGGAAGCAUUUUAAUAAAAGUGCAAGACACUCAUAACACUUUUUUAAUAGUCUUUCAGAAAUCAUCGUUUGACAAAUACCAUUGACAAUGAAACAAAACGACAACAUAUCCAGUAAGAGAAGGAUUAAACUGUGGUGCCUGAAUAAAACAAAAAAUAUUUUCAUGGCCCUGACAGUUCGCCUGUUUCUGUUAAUACACACCAUCCUGGCUUAUUGGCGCGUGUGGUCCGCCAAACAGCAGUCACUGUUUUGGCUGUUUCUUAUGCUUCCUGGGAUUCAAGUUCUCGAGACUAUCUACACCGUAGUUAAACGAAAGGGGGUAGAAAACGCAUGGUUCUGUCUCUGUUUUUUCUGUUAUCUUCUGAGUACCAUUCCUGCCAUUUACUUGUUGGAAUUCGACAGACUCAAUCGAUAUGCCCAGAUUUACGAAAGUGAAAAUGGAACGCAACUCGAGUCACUUAAAGCAAUACAUGGGGUGACCUUACCGUUUACUCUUGCACCCGACAUCUGGGUCUCCAUCAUUGAACAGUCAAUGCUGUUUCUGAUGGUCUUAGGUAGGAUAAUGUUGCCAAGAGGUAAACUGUCACGUGACCAACUCUCGCAACUUUUAUUCGUCUACAUCGGGAUGGCUUCCGACAAUUCUGAACUGUUUGUUCUCUUCGACGAAUCGCCUGUCAGGCAGGACCGAGAUUUGACGAUUGGAAUCUUGGUGGCUUGGACGUUUAGUCUGAUGCUCUUCACGGUAGUCCUCACCGCCACGAAAAGUUCCAAGAAAAGUCGCGUGGCUCCAAGGAGACUCCAAGACGACGUUAUAAGCAGCAAGAGAUCUCCACUGCGGGGAUUUUUCGAAACAGAAAUCUGGAGUAUUGUGUUAACGUUUCUUCUACAAGAUGGUCCGUAUUUGAGCGUGCGUUUGUCCGCUUUAAUACGGUACAGGCUGAUCACGUACAGUAUUUUGUUCUUUACCUUCAAGAACAUAUUCGUGAUCAUCCUUCUGAUCUACAGACUGCUCGUCCUGUUCGGAUACACGGCGUCCAACAGCGAGAAUGAUGGCGAUGAUGAAGAGAACAAGACGAGUGACCGAAAUGAAGAUAAGAUUUCCAUUAUCGACUCUGGCACCGAACUGAAUGAACUUAAUGAACUCGAAACAACUAAGUUGAAGUAGCGUCAUAACAUAUUAAUAUAUUUAUGUAUGUAUAUAUCUUGUAGCAAGAUGUAUCUAUCGCACUU